CCAGGUAGUUAGUUUGCAUUCAAGAAAGUUUAGCGAAAGACCUGUUGGCAACGAGAAGAAAUCAAGAGGCGCUCCGGUCUUAUUCUCGAAGGAUAGCAGAUACCCUAACGCAAAAAUGGUUCUGUCAACAUCGCCUAUGAUUGUGGUCGCCAACCGGUUACCGUUUAUCCUUGCUAAAGACAACAAUGGUGUACUCAUCAGAAAGCAAUGUGCUGGCGGAUUGGUGACAGCUGUUGCCCCUGUGGUUGUUGAGACAGAUGGCCUAUGGGUUGGAUGGUCAGGACUUCAUAAAGAGGACAGCACAGGAGAAAUCCCAGAGGCUGACCCCAAUGACCAGUCACCCACUGCAGGACUCAAGAGCAGACAAGUACUUCCAGUGUGUCUCCCUAGGAAGCAGUUUGACGAUUAUUACAAUGGAUGUUGCAACGCAACAUUCUGGCCUCUCUUCCAUUCCAUGCCUGAUCGCGCCGUGUUCCAAGCUGAUAAGUGGGAGGCAUACAGGCAAGCCAAUGAAGAGUUUGCACUCCUAACUGUCGAGGCAGUAAAGAAACUAAAAAACAGCAACCCUGAGUGUGUUCCACUGGUGUGGUUACAUGACUACCACCUGAUGAUGGCUGCCAAUACCAUCAGAGAACGUUGUGAUGAUCUCGGAUUAGCCAUCAAGAUGGCUUUCUUCCUUCACAUUCCAUUCCCAUCUUGGGACAUCAUGCGCCUCUUCCCCUGGGAUGAUGAGUUGCUUCAGGGCAUCCUUGGCUGUGACUCUGUGGGUUUCCAUGUGGAGGAUUAUUGCUUAAAUUUCAUUGACUGCUGCCAGCGACGCCUCGGAUGUCGAGUGGACCGUCAACAGAUGCUCGUUGAGCAUAACAAUCGAAGUGUGUCAGUACAUCCUCUCCCAAUCAGCAUACCCUAUGACAGGUUUGUAAGUCUUGCAGAAAAGGCACCACAGGUAAUGAAGAAUCAUGCUCAAGAGCAACUUCUCCUGGGAGUUGACAGACUAGAUUACACAAAGGGCCUAGUCCACAUAAAAGCCUUUGAGACUCUGCUUCAGAAACAUCCAGAGCACAUUGAGCAUGUGACUUUCUUGCAAGUUGCUGUCCCAUCUCGAACUGAUGUCAAAGAGUACCAGGAACUAAAAGAAGAACUGGACCAACUUAUAGGUCGCAUCAAUGGACAGUUCUCCACUCCAAACUGGUCUCCUAUUCGUUACAUUUAUGGGUGUGUAUCUCAAGAUCAACUGGCAGCUUUUUAUCGGGACUCAUCUGUGGCUGUUGUUACCCCACUCAGAGAUGGAAUGAAUUUGGUUGCCAAAGAAUUUGUUGCUUGUCAGACUGGAGAUCCAGGAGUGCUAAUUCUAUCUCCAUUUGCUGGUGCUGGAACCACAAUGCACGAAGCACUUCUUGUUAACCCGUAUGAAACUGCCGAAUUCGCUGAAGUGAUCCAUCGCGCGUUAACGAUGCCCAAAGACGAGCGAGAGUUACGAAUGAAACAACUGAGACGUAGAGAACGGGAGAGGGAUGUUAAUUUCUGGCUGCGUUCUUUCCUCAAAACUGUUGAUUGCCUGUUGGAUGAUUCUGCAACCCAAGGACGGCUGCAGCCAUUGACAGAGGAAGAUUUCAGUCAGUUCUUAGCAUCAUAUGUCACUGAAUCAUCUCGUCUGGCUCUCCUUCUCGAUUACGAUGGCACAUUGGCACCUAUUGCACCACACCCUGACCUCGCAAGAAUGCCUGAUGAAACUCGUCAUGUACUGGAACGACUAGCUCACAUGCCUGAUGUAAAUGUUGCCAUUAUUUCUGGACGUUCACUGGAAAAUGUGAAAUCAAUGGUCGGUAUUGAAGGAAUCACUUAUGCUGGUAGUCACGGCUUUGAAAUCCUUCAUCCAGACGGCACACUAUUCUUGCAUCCUAUACCGCACGAUUAUGAAGUCCAGCUGGAAGCUUUAAAGCAACGUCUUCAAGAGGUGAGCACUGAUGGGGCAUGGGUAGAGGUCAAGCAAACUGGAAUUACCUUCCACUACCGGGAGGUUACCCUAUCGAAAAUGUCAGCCAUUACAUCACGUGCUCAAGAAAUUUUCAACGACGUCGGCAUAAAGAUUCAUCAGUCACACAAAGCUUAUGAAGCUCGCCCACCAGUCACAUGGGACAAGGGUCGCGCUGCUAUUUACAUUCUCCGCAGCCUCUUUGGUCUGGAUUGGUGUGAUCGGGUGUCCACUAUAUAUGCAGGAGAUGACAAGACCGACGAAGAUGCCAUGCGAGCUUUGCAAGGAAUGGCCGUGACUUUCCGUGUGACCACUUCUCAGAUUCUGCGCACCGCUGCCACUCAUCGCCUUCCUUCUACUGAUGCUGUGUUGACGAUGCUUAAAUGGGUCGAAAGGCGACUGGGCUCCAGACUGCCAAAUAAUUCAAACGGCAUCAGACAAAGAACGUUCAGCACCUCAAGUCAUGGCAACCAUUCACCCACAAUUCACCCUUCAACUCCACAGAAUCGUUCUCGAACAAACUCGAUGUCAAAGCCAUUGUGUGAACCAGCCAAACAGAUGAUGGUCAUAACUGAUAAAGUUUACCACGAUCUUAUCUCCAGGAAGUCGUCCCCCCCAAGAUGUUCCAGUACCUCCCCUCCACAUUCUCCAACCAGAUCUACCGUUUGAACUCUUUUACAAUUGUGCUAGUUAUUGGUUUCACAUUUCACGUGCCUCAGUGGUUGAUUCUGUCUGAGGCAUUGAGAGUUCUUAGGUGGGUGUGAGGUGCCUUUGUUUCGUGACGCCCUGAGGUGCGGAGCAGCCUCUUUCGCUCGGAGGACAUGAGGCCAUCCUUUCCUUUCAUCUAGGGACAUUUUCAUGUACAAAUUCGGAAGUUUUAUAUCGCAUAUUAUUUAUGAGGCCUUAAUAAAGCCUAGCGUGUAAACAAUGCUUUCUGACCCAAAGAGUGAUGCUUGCUCAGAAUAUUCAGUGAAGUGGAAAUGUAUUUAUAUUUUUAAAAUGAAUUUGGUAUUAGAUGUAAUUAUCAAAGUCAGUUUUAAUGAGGACAUUUUAUAGUGUAUACUCUUAGAUGUGUUAGUUGUAGUAUAAUCACAUUUCUAAAAUAUGAUUUUGCCUAGUUAUGACAAAGUACAAUCUGCUGAGUGAGUCUCUAUACUGUGUUGUAAGAAUGACGGAUACAUGUAACUACAAUUCUAACAUAUUUGCCAGGUCAAUUGUUACUGUCUCAAAAUUAAUUUUAUAAUUUUGUGAAAACAGUUUUGACUUGCGGCUUUCAAGUAAAAUUGGUUUCUGUGAAUGACUGUGAUAAGUUUUUAUUAAAGAGCUUCAAUUUUA